AAAGCGAUGAUGUACACUGUUCCGAUGUUCUUUAUUUCGAGUUUGCAUUCCAAUGUCUCUAUUCUUCCGAUCGGAUCCAAAGCGUUCAAACCUAACAGAAUGCAUCGCAAAUGAAAAUGAUUCAGUUAGAUUUCCAUUUUCGAUUCGAAUCCUUCAUUUAAAAUCAAAGAUCGAAAUCAUAAAGAAAAGGAAGGGAUAUUUGUUUCAAACACUAAGAAAAUCCGCCGCUUAUGACAGAAAGAAAAGAGAACUGAUUCUCCCUCGAUCUGGGGUUGGCGAGAUCUUCAACUCUCAUGAAACGCUAUCCUACAACAUUCGCAAGCGUCUUAAAACAAGACACAGAGCAGGCGGCAGGAAUUUGAUUUUCCACAUUUGUAACGAGCAAGCGACCAACUUGAGUUCCGACUUGCGAACAAGAAGGAAAGGCAACAGAUGCUCUGACUUAAAAGUGGGUUGUGUUGGAGGGAGGGCACGAAGGAUUGUGGAAUAUGAAUUGAAUCCAUUGAUGAUACACGCGCAUACCUUUUGCUACUUAUUCGGCACAAAACGACGACGACGACAGGGAUGAAGGUGAAGGGAUAUGAAAGGAAGGG